AUUUAUAUGAAAGUAUCACUGGAUUUAAUCGCAGCAUAUUAAUUACAAUAAGUGGCACACCCUAGUAGUGCACUGCAUGUUAGUAAUAAUGUUACUACACCGGCGUAAUAACUUCGGCAUUUGCUCGGAUGUAAACUUCCGAUGACAAGAAGCCGGUGAUCUCCUAUUAAAACCCAUGGCGACGAGAGGGGCAGUGGUCCAUGAAGAGUUUUCCAUACACAGAGAGUGGCUGGUCCACCAGGGAUAUCAUCAGGCACUGGAGCACAGAUAACACCCCCAAACUGAUAAACCAUGAUUCCCAUCACUGAGCUGAGGUACUUUGUGGACACACAGCCAGCAUACCGCAUCCUGAAACCAUGGUGGGAUGUGUUCACCGACUAUAUCUCCAUUGUUAUGCUUAUGAUUUCUGUGUUUGGAGGGACACUGCAGGUCACCCAGGAUAAGAUGAUCUGCCUGCCCUGCAAAUGGGUGGUCAAUGAUACCUGCAAGAAAAACUUCAAUUCCACUCUCUUAGCAUCAUUAUUCAUGGAGCCCAAAGGGAUCCAGUAUGACCUGGACCGCCACCAGUACAACUAUGUGGAUGCUGUGUGCUAUGAGAAUAAAUUGCACUGGUUUGCCAAGUAUUUCCCCUACCUAGUAUUACUCCACACCCUUAUUUUCCUAGCUUGCAGUAACUUUUGGUUUAAGUUUCCACGGACUAGCUCCAAACUAGAACACUUUGUAUCCAUCUUGCUGAAAUGCUUUGACUCCCCAUGGACAACUAGGGCGCUGUCAGAGACAGUGGUUGAAGAGAGUGACCCAAAACCAAUGAAAAUGAACGGCUCAAUGGAUCACAAGGAGUCUGUAAUCAGUGAGGAUGUUGAAGCAAGUGUUCCUAUGCUCCAAAGGACAAAGACCCGCUUUGAGCAGGGCAUUGUGGAUAGAACAGAAACUGGGGUUUUGGACAAAAAAGAAGGCGAACAGGCAAAAGCCCUGUUUGAAAAAGUGAAAAAGUUUCGUAUACAUGUUGAAGAAGGAGACAUUGUGUAUAGACUGUACAUCCGUCAGACUAUCAUCAAAGUUAUCAAGUUUAUUUUGAUAAUCUGCUACACAGGGUAUUAUGUGCACGAUAUUAAAUUCAGUGUAGAUUGUUCGGUAAAUAUAGAGAGUCUGACAGGUUACAGUGUGUACCGUUGUGCUCACCCACUGGCUACACUUUUUAAAAUCUUAGCCUGUUUCUACAUUAGCUUAGUUGUGGUGUAUGGUUUGAUCUGCAUGUACACGCUCUGCUGGAUGCUUCGGCGCUCUCUGAAGAAGUACUCCUUCGAGUCAAUACGGGAAGAGAGCAGCUACAGUGACAUACCCGAUGUGAAGAACGACUUUGCAUUUAUGUUGCACAUGAUAGACCAGUAUGAUCCUCUGUACUCCAAACGCUUUGCUGUGUUCCUCUCAGAAGUAAGCGAAAAUAAGCUGAGGCAGCUCAACCUCAAUAACGAGUGGACACUGGACAAGAUCAGGCAGAGGAUAACUAAGAACUCUCAGGAGAAGUUGGAGUUGCACCUUUUCAUGCUGAGUGGUAUUCCAGACACAGUGUUUGACCUAAUGGAGCUGGAGGUUCUUAAACUGGAGCUUAUCCCAGAUGUCACUAUUCCCCCAAUCAUCGCCCAACUGGUCAACCUGCAAGAAAUGUGGCUUUAUCACACCCCAGCCAAAAUCGAAGCUCCAGCAUUGGCAUUUUUGCGUGAACACUUGAAGUCUCUGCACAUCAAGUUCACUGAUAUCAAAGAGAUUCCCUUAUGGAUCUACAGUUUGAAGAAUCUUAGUGAACUUCACCUAACAGGGAAUCUCAGUGCUGAGAACAACCGUUACAUUGUCAUCGAUGGGCUCCGGGAGCUCAAGAGGCUCAAAGUUCUUCGUCUGAAGAGCAAUCUCACCAAGCUACCUCAGGUGGUGACUGAUGUGGGCAUGCAUCUCCAGAAGUUUUCCAUCAAUAAUGAAGGCACCAAGCUGAUGGUGCUCAACAGCCUGAAAAAGAUGGUGAACCUGACGGAACUGGAGCUCAUUCGCUGUGAUCUAGAACGCAUACCACACUCAAUCUUCAGCUUGCACAACUUGCAGGAGAUUGAUCUGAAGGACAACAACCUGAAGACCAUUGAGGAGAUCAUCAGCUUCCAACACCUUCAUCGGCUGGUCUGCCUUAAGCUCUGGUAUAACCACAUCGCCUAUAUUCCCAUUCAGAUUGGCACACUGACCAACCUGGAGAAGCUGUACCUGAACAGAAACAAGAUUGAGACGAUCCCCAACCAGUUGUUUUAUUGCCGCAAGCUGCGCUUCCUCGACCUGAGCCAUAACAACCUGACCUACAUCCCAACAGACAUUGGCUUCCUCCAGAAUCUGCAGUACCUGGCAGUGACAGCCAACAGGAUUGAGAGUCUGCCUAAUGAGCUGUUCCAGUGCAAGAAGCUUCGCACAUUGAACUUGGGGAACAACUGCCUGCAGUCUCUGCCAUCACGGUUUGGGGAACUGACUGGGUUGACACAGCUAGAGCUGAGAGGAAACCGUCUGGAGUGUCUGCCUGUGGAGCUGGGCGAGUGUCGUCAGCUAAAGAGAACCGGGCUGGUGGUGGAGGAAGACCUCUUCAGCACCUUGCCCACGGAGGUUAAGGAGCAGCUGUGGAAAGCUGAUAAGGAACAACCUUAAACAGGUCUGUAGUUGUGAGUGAAAACAUUAACUUUCCCCUGACAAGGGUGAAAUGUCCAUACUGCCCCAGAAGGUUUGCUGAGGCAGGCAGUAGACCUACUGCAGUGUACUGUCAGUAAGGCUGGAUACCGAGAGCCACUGCCAGUUUGACAGAACAAAAAGUACAGCCUGGCACCUUCUGAUUGUUCACUCAGAUCGCAUUGGUCCAGCUGCUUUAUUUAUUUAUUUAUCUAUUUGAUUUAUUUUUGCUUUUAAUUUAACCCUUCAUGAACAAUUCCUCCAGCCUUUCCUUUAUAAUCCGGUAAUGAUCGUUUAUAGCCAUUGUGAUCAGCAGCAUCUGUAUUUUUAUUUUAACCAAAAGCGAGGUUUGAACAAAAGGUGUUUUUUUUUUAUAGCUUACACUUCUGCAGUUUAACUCAUCUUCCUUCCCUUUUUGAAUGGUGAAUCUGAUUUUGCGCCACCUGCUGGUAAGCAGAGUUAUUUGUGUCACACAGGCGCAGAACGUACAUGCUAGUUGGCCGUUGGCUGCAGUCUGUGCACUGUGUUCAAGUGCCACUUUUUCAACCCUGCUGGCCCAGACAAAGUAGGUGUGAGGCCUGCAUUGCCAUUAGUUCUUUCACGUUAGUUUGGUGUGUCUCUGCUUUUUGACCUAGCUCUUAUGGAAAAGCAGUUUUUCUGUUUAAUGCUACUCAGUGGACAAGCAUUACAAAACAUCAACCCCAUACAAUUACAUUAGCAGAGCAUCUUAUCAGGAAGCACGUACCCAACCCUUACUGCCAGUAUGCUACUCAGUGGGAAUUGAGCAAAAUCUAUUAUAUGGCCAUGCUGCAUUCACAUUUUUUGCUUGCACUGAAUUACACAAAGCAAAGAAAUGGACGAUGGAGGAAAUGCUGAGAAUUUUUCAAAUGAGCUAAAUCAUGUCUGCAUAAUAACUUAAAUGAAGUUCAUACAGUAUUGACAUUGAAAUUCAUCUGCCAAAUCUAGCAUUAUAAUAUGAUGUUUCUGACAUGAUAAGGCAGUUAUUCUGUUAUUUUAAUCUUGCUGAACUGCAUAACACAAAACAUUAUGCAGUGUUUAGCGUAGAUGUUGUUCCCCUAUGUGUAAGAUUAUAGCCAUCCUCAGUGUGAAAUUAACUGCCACAUACGAAAGUAACUUAAUCUGAAUUUUUGUGUGAAAGAACAAUGCAAGAUGGAUUAAAAUGAUUUCUGAACCUUCAAAGUGGUGAAACAUUCCUACAAUUUCCUUUGUCAGUCAUAAGGAGGAUUAUGAGGCAUUUUUGACGAGAGGUAUUUUAGGUCAGUUGCCUUAACUUGCUGUUACUGUAUGUUUUGUUUUGUUAUUAUUUUUGUUACCACAUCUGCUGAGCUCAAAAUAAACGAUCAUGCUCACAAACAUGCUUUAAGGCAGGUAAUUCUCUUUAAAGCUGCACUAGACUACCCCGGCCCGAAUGGGAAUGCACAGGUUUUUUGUUUAUUGUAUAUUUUGCUCUAGUGUUCGCUCUAGUUUAGGCAAAUAAAAGAUACGAGUCUUAGUCAUGAUUAGUGAGACAUUCUUCACUGUUGUAAUUUUGACUUUUUUAUCAUAAUUAUGGGACCUAGAAAAUGUUUUAUUACUAUUCUUAAUUUUUUUUUUCCUGCCAUAAAUGGGCUUCCAUACGUUUUAGGUUAUCUGAUUGUUGUCAGUUUUUUCUCUGGCAUCACGUGUGGUCGUUUAAUAAGUUGGGCCUGAGAGAGACAUUUCUGCACAGCGCUAAAACUGUGGAAUUCAACAUCAGUGCACAGCUCUGAAACCACACAACACACAACUGUUGUUCUUGUGUUUACCUUGAGGACAAAAGCUCACUUUACGUUUCAGUAAACCUAACUGCAAAGAAAAUUUGGACAGUAGCAAUAUACAGUAUAGUUCAGUAACUGGAUGGAAAAGUAGAAUAGUUUUAGGUUUGUACUGUAUAUUUAUUUCAGUAACAUGUAUAACUAUGCUGUAUUGUGCUAUAUUGCCUUUAUUUAAACUAUGUAAAGGUUAGUAGUGAUGUAGUUUAACAAUGUGCAUGGGCAUUCAUUUUAAUAGGGUGAUAGAAUUUCAAAAUAACUAGAUUAGAGAUUUCCACACGUUACAUUUAGGAAAUGCAAAUAAUGGUAUGAUGCACUGUGAUUCUGAGUUCUUAAUGUACAGUAGACAAUGCAUGUUUUGUAUGUUUUCCGGUAUUGAACGGUUCAAUUGAAUGACUGCCAGCCAUGAGAUUAAAAUAGUAGUACAUUAGUAGUUAAGUUUCUCUCUCUCUUUUUAAAGAACUACUCAUAGAAAAAGCAAAUUAAGUUUGGUCCCAACUGGAACAUUUUAAACGACACCCAGAACACAUCAGCAGUAUGCCACAGACCAAGACAAUCAACUGUCCAGUUUAAGUUUAAAAACCUAAUGUCAAAUGUAGAGCUGCAGUGAGCACUGCAAGUAAAUGGUCACUAUGUUAAAAAUACAUUGUGUAGGCUGCGACUAAAGUAGUAUCAGUAAAAAGAUUAGUUUUUUGUCUCCUAGCCAUUAUUAAUCUUUUGUUCCUUGUAUUGUUCCUUUUUUAUCAUUUCAUUUGUGUUGCCAUUGUCACCACUGAUAAGCAUGUCCAUGACUUUAGAAACCCAUGGAUGAAUAAGGUGAUCCAAAAUGCUGCCUUUAAAGUGGGUGACAGAGAACAAUACACUGUUGUCAGACAUGUCCUGAAACAACGCGCUAAGGCUGCAUACAAGGAAACAGUUGAGGAACAUUUCAUCAGUAAAAAUCCAACAUGCAUAUGGAAAGGCAUACAGCAGGUCACCAAUUAUAGGAACGCAGAUAAUUAUGCCUCUCUGGCAGAGGAGGACUAUGAAAAUUUCACAAUGUGUGGUCUUAUUAUAUUGUCUUCAGUGUUAUUUAUUACGUGGAACAUUCACUCAUCAUGUGUAAUAUUUACUUUUUUUAAUUAUAUCUGCUGCUGUAGACUGCUUCUUAACUCGGCUGAAUGUAAAUAGAUGUAGUACAAUCAGUGUAAUGUGUUUAGGUUUUGCUUGACACACAUAUUCAAUGACAACAAAGCUAUUCUGUUCUAUUCUAUUCUAUUUAUGUUUUUAUUUUGGCAGUUGUCAGUAUUACUGUAGUAUAGCUAAAUUUCUCAGGAAACCAGCUAAUACUCACUUCUUUUUUAAGUUGAUUGCCAACUUUUUAUUACAGUUGUUUUUUCUUUUUCUUUUUUUUUACAGUUGUGAUAAUAUUUUAUAUGCAUUUCUAUGAAUUGUUUCUAGUUUGGUGUAUUUAAUAUUGACUGAUGGUUUAAAACAAUGUGUUUUUAAAGAAAUCACUUGGUUUAACCUUGAUUCUUUGUUUUCAUCAGUGAUCAUGUGUUAACUGAGCUGCAACUGUUGUCUUCAUUAUAUUUGGCACAGGUCAACUGUUUGUAUGAGCGUGUUGGUGUAUAUGUACACUGUAUGCAUGUAAUGUUCCCCCAACUAAAUUCCAGUUAUAGGUGUACAGUGUUUUUACCCCAAAAAUGUUUUAUUGUAAAGGAAAUCAUAUGUGCAACAGUAUUAACAUGAAGGAAGUGGCAGUGAGCGGGCAUUCUGUUUGAAAAUUUUUCCACAUCCACUAAAGUAAAAUAAACUUGGUUGACCAAA